CAUUGCUUGAGACUUACACAUUGCCUGAGACUUACACAUUGCCUGAGACUUACAUAUUGCUUCAGACUUACACAUUGCCUAAGACUUACAUAUUGCUUCAGACUUACAUAUUGCUUCAGACUUACAUAUUGCUUCAGACUUACACAUUGCUUGAGACUUACACAUUGUUUGAGACUUACACAUUGCUUGAGACUUACACAUUGCUUGAGACUUACAAAUUGUUUGAAAUCAUGUGGUAAAUAA